AUGAAUAGCGUUCUUGCAUUGUUGGUUUUGCUAGUAAUAGAAGUUAAUGGUCUGGACGCAGAAGAAAAGGACGCGAUAGAAGCGAGGGGCAAAGGAAAAUAUGUUCUGUUGACCCAUCUCGCAAUAGUUGCAGCUGCGAAGAUCGGGCUUAUGAACAUAUUCCUUGGGAUUGCUUUCGCCAUUUCUGCCAUAAAAGCUAUGGUAGUCAUGGCGUGGGCCUUAGCUAUAUCUAAGUAUGCACCUGAAAUAUUUCCAAAGCACCAUGUGGGCCAUAAUAUACACUCUCCAUCGAAUCACUUCAUGGAUGCCUUGAUCAGUACUUUCAAUCGUCAUUUCUUCUACGUGGCAGCUACAAAACUAUUUAUAUUAAAAAUAGUGUACGGCUUCAUCUUCUUUGCCAUAAUUAAAAAAGCAUGGUAUUUGGUGCUCUGGCUGAUCCAGUAUUUGAAGGAGAAACAGCAUGACUAUAUAGAAAUUGAUCAUCAUCCGUACCAUGACUAUGGGAGUUACGGAAGCUACGGAAGUUAUAGCCAUGAAGCUUAUAGUGCCUAUGAAAAACCAAGUUUUGGUUAUAAACCUAUAUAUGAUGCUGAUGGAUCUUAUUCAGUUGGUAGAACA